GAGGAACACAGUGAUCACGUCUGCGGCAUCAUACAGAGACGCCAUUGCUGAGAUCUUUUCUCCGCUCUUCCUGAAACAUCGUCAGCCACGCCCAACGUGCAAGUACUCGACGUACAGUGUACGCUACCGAGCUGUACAAAACCUGAAGUCGUUAACUCGGUUUGGACUCUGGCUGCGCCUUUUGAGCGGCGGUUACUUACGCCAUGGAGCAUCGGAAACGUGGAAGGGAUGAGGUUAAAGCAUGAAAUUAGGCAGGUGGAAGCGCCGCAUUCUCUUGUAUUAAGCAAUAAUUCCACAAGAGAGAUUGGAGACAUAAUUCUGAAGUCUGUUGAUAAAGUUUCGCCGGAAACUUUAAGCCACAGGUUGCAAAAAGGAUGGCAGCAUCUCCAGGAAUGUCCAGAUCCCUUCAACAACAACAACAAUCCCUUAGACUUCAACGACAACAACAACCUCGAUGACGUCAGCGUGGCUUCUUCUGCAGAGGUCAACGCUUCGUUUGUGGAUGGCGAUUACAGAGCCAUGUCAUCCGAUGAGAGUGGGUCAAGUUCGGAAGAUGAGAGUAGUGCGAGUUAUAGCGAUACAAGCCCAUUAUUGGAUGUGAGCAGUUUGGGAAAUAGCGAUGUCAGCCUGGAUUCAGAUAUGUCAGAAGACAGUAGUAGCAGCAGUAGCAGCAGCAGCUCUGAAGGCAGCAUACUUGAAAGCUGUAAUGCUAACAACAACAAUGGCGAAGAUGAGGAAGAAGAUAUGGCUAGUCUGGAUGCAACUUCAAUGCAGUCGUCUUGGAUGUCUUUCUCGUCCGCCGCGUCAUCGCCUUCUGGCUCAGUUGCACCGCCACGUGGCCAAGUUAUCCUUCCGGAUGUUCUUCCUGUGGGCAAGAUGCCUAGAAACGACGAUGAUGAACCUAUGUUAUGCGACAAUAAUACCUCAGCUUCCCUCGUAGCUACAAGAAAUCUCGAGAUCACUUUUGGAAAAAGGAGAACUGCUCAGGAUGCGGGAGCCUCUAGAAUGUCUGGCGAUUGUUGUCUUGUUGAAAUCACAACCCAGCCCGAUGUUCAGGUUGAUAUUCGAGUGAAUCCAGUGUCAUCAAGAAUACACAGAGAAGGUAAAUCAAAUAUGGCCGUCAAGCAUGGAAAUACUUAUCCGCGAGAAACAAAAAGUAAUAAACGAUAUUUGAAGAAUAGAGAUUUAAACUCGUGGAUAGUGAAUGAUUCCUUCGAUGACCAUUAUGAUGAUACAUCAAAAUACUGGACUUUAGGUGAAGGAAUUCGCCUGAAUAAUUUUACCAUCGUAAAUGGAUUCAAAACUCUUAGUCUCACGGAAUUAGUCAAUCCUAACACAAAUGAAAAACAAGAAACUAUACCUAAAUUUGAUUACAGGAACAGAAGUACCACCGGAAAUUCUAAGCCCUCAAAGCCAAAUACUUCUCCACCUUUGACCAAUAGUUACCAAAAUUUUGAGCGGAAUUUUUCUAAGCUGCCGGCGAAUGUUCACAUGUGUUGUAAAGAUAACUGGCGAUUCCAGCGGGAUAAUAACAGUGUAGCUCUUAAGCAUAAAACGCCAAAGAUGGAAGAAUCUACCAUUAACAAGAGCAGUUCGGUCCCAUCGAAACCUAAUAUCGAAUCUUUUGUAGCUAGAGUUGGCUCUCAAAACACUAGGAGCAUUGUUCCUAAAGAUACUGUGGUGGAAAAAACGAAACAGCAUAUUACCACUAGGAUUUCAGGAAUGGAUAAUAACUCAAAUACGCUAAUGCAAGCCGAAAAGCCGCCUAAUUGUAAAGAUCUUGGCCGGAAAGAAGCUACAUUCUACAGUUCAAAAACGAAACCCAGUGACAGUAAACUGUCAUCUCCUGAGUUGUUUGAAGUUUACACGAUGGAAACAGCUAUACCUUACAUUAACUGGGCAGCUAUCAAUAAACCUAACAGAGAAAAUGAUUGGAUUAGGAAGGUAAGGAGGCGAAAUGACAGAGAAGAAAUUAGAAGAAAACUUGCAAUGGACUCUGAUACUGAGGAUUAUAUCUCAGAAAAACUUAAUCAACAUAGAGAAAAUGGUAGUUCUUUUGAUCGAUUAAAAGGAAGUGGCAAUCUACAAAUAUGUUUUAUGAAUGAGGCUGCUAAAGAUCAAGAUUUACCUAAUGCCGAGGAGGAAAAUGCUGUAGAUAAAAAUAAAAUGCCAAUGCCAAAACUCCAAAAACCAGUUUUACAUUUGCCUUCUACAAAUUUCCAGAAAUGUGAUAAGGGUACUGCUGUAAAGGUGCAAAACAAUAAUAAUGCUCCUGCAUCUGUGACAAAACGACAGAGGCCAAAAUUUUUCUUCAACCGCCCACGUAGCUGGCAUGCUGCAAAGCCAGAAGAAAGUGCUUAUCCUGAAGAAGAUCUUUUAACGCGUCACAUUCGCUUGCAGGCUGAAGCACGAGAGGCAUUGGCUCAAGCAAAAGAUAUGGCUAGAAUGCAAAUGGAGAUAGAAAGGCAAAAGAAAAAGAAAAGUCCAAUAGCAGAUAUAGUUGGUCUUCCUUUUCCAGAUGGUAAAAACCUUUUAACGCAUCAUGCUCUGGUAGCCAUGAAUGUUGCCCAGCUGCAAGUUAUUGUAAAUGAUCUACAUUCUCAAAUUGAAACUCUAAAUGAAGAUUUGGUGAAAUUUCUAUUAGAAAGAGAUGAUUUGCACAUGGAGCAGGACUCUAUGCUUGUGGAUAUUGAAGAUUUGACUAGAUAUUUAGGAUUGAAAGGAAGCUCAGGUGUUAGUUCAUCCAGUUCUCAAAUUUCUGUGAACAGUAAUUCUGAUAAAAAGGUUUCAAAGACAGAAUCUGUGCGGAGGUCACAGAGUGUUCACUUAAAAUCAAAGAACCUCAUGUAGCCUCUACAGCAGCUCACACUCUUUGGCAACGGUUGCAGUCGCAGAUGAAGCCGCUUCAAAUGAAAAGCAAGCAACUGCACUGAAUGUUCAAAAUGUGCUUUUCAUUCUUUGAGAGAUCUGUGUCAUAGUGAAUGUUAUGUACUGUUUUUGUACAGUAAACUGAUAUUUCCGACUGUGCACUUCACAUUUAAAAUGCUAAAAAUAUAUGUAGAUAAAGAAAAUAAUCAUUUUGUAUAUUACUUUUAAAUAUUUAAUUCAACCAUUCCAUAUUAAUUUAAAUGUGUUUGUAUGAAACAGUAAAUGCUGUUCAUUUACUUUUGUGAUAUAAUUAACAAAAUCUUUAUCUUUGAUAUCUCACAUUUCUUAUGUAUUAGCUAUAUAUUUUAAACUUUAAGUAAUCAUGUACAUUAAAUAAUACCUCAUAAAAACAUGAAAAAUAUUAUGAAAAUCCUUUGUACUUUUUCAGAAGUAGUCAUAUUUUUAUCCAAAAUUUAUAUAAAAGGUGUUACUUAAUGUUUAGUUUAUAUUUAUACUGCACUUAAGUUUCACAUAUAUUUGCAAACUAGAACAAACUAAAAAACCACAUAAUUUAUUAAUGAUAUACAUAUUUAUUUAUAACAUCAGUCCGUCUACAGUAUAAAUUUCCACAGAAAUUAUCUUACAAAUUUAUUUUCUGAAUUAUUUUUCAAUGAAUUUUAUCUCUACAAAUAGAAUUUAAAAUUUAAAAAAAAAAAAAAAAGAAUUUUUUUUUAACCUACUCAGAAUAGUAAGAAUUCCAUUUUAAAUUACCCAGUGAACGACUGGAAUAUCUCCAUUUCAGGUGUCUUUUAUAUUCAAUGGUGCAUAGACUGUUUCACUAAUGGGUUGCACAGACACGUGGAAGCUCAUAAUUUAUAACUUAAAAUAUAUUUGAGAUAAAAAUAACAUUUUUGAGAUCAUAUCAAAAAAUUUUAUUUGCUUCCAUGUGUAUUUUGUAUAUAUACACAUGAAAGCUGGUAAUUUAUAUAACUUAUAAUAUUAUAAACAUAAUUUAUAAACAUAUUUGAGAAGAAAUAAAUUCAUGAGUAAUUGAUUGAAAUUGUACAUACAAAUUCAUCUCUAAAUGUAGUUGUGUUUAGAAAUGAUUUGGAGAAACUAGUUAACUUGUAAAUAAGUAAAUUACAAUAUUUAAAGAAAUAAGGCCAUAAAACUAAAAUCAGACUGGGUUCAAUCCUUUUUUAAGUCAUCAUUAAUUCUAUUAAUGUAUAAAAGUAAACUAUUGAGAUCAGUUUCCAUCAUCAGUAAGUAGCAUUGGCAAUACAAGAAUUUUAUUGUAUCAUCUAAUUUCUAGCACAAAUUAUGUCUGAAAUAAUAUAGUAAUAUAUGUGUACCCUAUUUAAUGCUUAUUGUUGAAUAAAGUACUUAAACAAUACUUUUA